CUCUGCUGGGAGGAUCCGUCCAUUCCGAUCCGGGCAGCGGCUGCCAGCGAUGCGAUGCCCCGUUCUGCAGAGGAUUCCCGGGCAUAGGCGCUGUGUAGGUGCCGUGGUCGCACGGAGCGGACCGAACCGUCCCCGGUCUCUCUGAUCGAGCGCCGACAGGAGCGCGCGGUGCCCGGCGGGGACUCGUGUUUACCGGAGAGCCGCUGGAAGAGGAGGCCGGAGCGAUGGGAUCCCCCGUCUGCCUUCGAUGAACCCCAGUAAGCCGGACCCCCGAGACUCGGCCAAGCCGCCCCCGGCCCCCGCGGGGGCCCCCCUCUCCCCAGCGCCCUCUCCGGCCAUGGCGGGCUUCAAGCGGGGCUACGACGGCAAGAUCGCCGGCCUGUACGACCUGGACAAGACGCUGGGCCGCGGCCACUUCGCCGUGGUCAAGCUGGCGCGCCACGUCUUCACCGGGGAGAAGGUGGCGGUCAAGGUGAUCGACAAGACCAAGCUGGACACGGUGGCGACGGGACACCUGUUCCAGGAGGUGCGCUGCAUGAAGCUGGUGCAGCACCCCAACAUCGUGCGGCUCUACGAAGUCAUAGACACUCAGACCAAGCUGUACCUCAUCCUGGAGCUGGGCGACGGCGGCGACAUGUUCGACUACAUCAUGAAGCACGAGGAGGGCCUCAACGAGGAGCUGGCCAAGAAGUACUUCGCCCAGAUCGUGCACGCCAUCUCCUACUGCCACCGGCUGCACGUGGUGCACCGCGACCUCAAGCCCGAGAACGUGGUGUUCUUCGAGAAGCAGGGCCUGGUGAAGCUCACCGACUUCGGCUUCAGCAACAAGUUCCAGCCGGGGAAGAAGCUGACCACCAGCUGCGGGUCGCUGGCGUACUCCGCCCCCGAGAUCCUGCUGGGCGACGAGUACGACGCCCCCGCCGUAGACAUCUGGAGUCUGGGUGUGAUCCUCUUCAUGCUGGUGUGUGGACAGCCGCCGUUCCAGGAGGCCAACGACAGCGAGACGCUCACCAUGAUCAUGGACUGUAAAUACACCGUCCCGCCUCACGUCUCCGCCGCCUGCAAAGAUCUCAUCGACCGGAUGCUUCAGAGGGACCCCAAGCGACGAGCCUCCCUGGAGGAGAUCGAGGGCCACGCCUGGCUGCAGGGCGUCGACCCGUCCCCGGCCACCAAGUACAACACGCCCCUGGUGUCCCACAAGAACCUGUCCGAGGAGGAGCACAACAGCAUCAUCCAGCGCAUGGUGCUGGGCGACAUCGCCGACCGGGAGGCCAUCGUCGAAGCGCUGGAGACCAACAAGUACAACCACAUCACUGCCACCUACUACCUGCUGGCAGAGCGCAUCCUGAGGGAGAAGCAGGAGAAGGAGGUCCAGACCCGCUCCUCCAGCCCCAGCAACAUCAAGGCCCAGUUCAGGCAGUCCUGGCCCACCAGGGUGGACAUGCACCAGGACAUCGAGGACAGCCUGGCGGCGUCGUCCAUCUCCCACGCCGGAGGACCGCAGUCUCCGGCCCGCAGCGCCGAGAACCUGCUUAAUGGCCACCGGUCCAAGGGCCUGCUGGAGCUCAACCGGCGGGAGGAGACGCUGAUGGACUCUGCUGCGGCGCCGCCACAGGGCGCCUGUGCGGCCACCUCAGGUCCAGCCUCCAGCUCCACCUCUGGGACUGCCAGAGCUCCGCCCCCUCCCGCCUCCACCGCGGCGGCAAAGCAGCGCACCUGCCUCUUCAGGGUGGAGGAGGAUGAAGAGGAGGAGGAGGAGCAGGACCCCUCCCCCCUCCCGACCCAGGUGAUCCUGCGGAGGAAGCCCCCCUCCAUCACCAACCGCCUCACGUCCAGGAAGAGCGCCCCCGUGCUCAACCAGAUCUUCGAGGAGGAGGGCGAGUCGGACGACGACUUCGACAUGGACGAGGGUCUCCCCCCCAAACUCAGCCGCCUCAAGAUGAGCAUGCCGGCCCCCCCCUCGGGCGCGUCCUCGUCCCCCGGCUCGGCGCAGAAGAGGUACCAGCGGCGCAAGAGCCAGGGGCGGGGCUCGUCCUGCUCCAGCUCCGAGACCAGCGACGACGACUCGGAGAGCCACCGCCGGCGCCUCGACAAGGACUCGGGCUUCAGCUACGGCUGGAACCGGCGGGACAGCAGCGAGGGCCCCCCCGGCAGCGAGGGCGGCAACGGGGGGGGCAGCAGCUCCGGCCAGGGCAAGCCGCCCGCCCAGGGGGGGGGCGGCUCCUCAGGCCCGGACCGGGGGAGUCCGCCCGGCGAGGGCGGCGGGGGCGGCGGCGGGGACGGAGGCUCGGGGACGGGGGGCGGCGGGGGAGGGGGCAAAGGACAGGACAGCCCCUCCACCUGCUGCAACCACAGCAGCGCGGGCGGCCCCCCCGGCCUGGGCGCGCCGGCCCGGCCGGGGCGGGGCCGCGGCAGCGAGCUGGUGGAAAGCCUGAAGCUGAUGAGCCUGUGCCUCAGCUCGCAGCUGCAGCAGGGCCGGGGGGGCCGGGGGGGCCGCGGGCCGGCCGCCGGCAAGUUCCUCAUAGACCCCGGCAGCGUGAGGAUCCAGGAGAAGUCCGCCUGGAGGAUGUGCAUCGGCUCCGCCGCCGGCCUGGACACCAUCACCCUCCCCACCACCCGCACCCACCACCACCACCACCACCACCCCCCCCCGCAGACCCGGCCCCCCCGGGCGCGGCGGGGCGCUCACAGCAACCUGAGCGCCCUGAAAAACGGCGUCCUCCAACUACCUCUGUGUGAGAAGACCAUCUCCGUCAACAUCCAGCGGGGCGGCGGCGCCCGGGACGGCCUGCUGUGCACCGCCGCCCCCGCCAGCUGCUGUCAGGUCAUCUGAGGCCCCGCCCCCCACUCCCCGGUUUGCUGUAGCAGGUAGCGGAGCUCACUCCUCCACGCGUGUCCACUGCCUGCUCUUGAUUUUUUUAUUGUUUUUAACAUUUUUUAGAAGUUUUUCAUGAACCAAAAGAGCACUUUUACAUUCUGAAUGAGAAUUGGACGUUUUGUUGUUUUUGUUUUGUUUUGUUUAAACAUAUUUAUGGGGCUGGUGGGGGGCAUGGGGGGCAUGGGG